AUGGCGCUGCUUUAUUCAGCAGUGCAGCUUCUGAUUUUGUGUAUCUACGCCGGGCGCCAAGUCCUCCGCAGCGGAGAAAAACUCCUCGCUCAUGGACUUGGAUCACCGAAACCUCUGGUCGCCUCUAGGAAGUCUGACGCCCGGCUUCGGCUGAUUAGAGGUGGUGGUGAGCCUGCCCCUGCAAUAGCAGAGCCUGCAGGAGAGCAAGAGGCCGCAGAAGGAGCAGGGCCGCCUGGAGGGGCAGCGGCAGCGGGGCGUGUGGGCCCAGCACAGGAGCCCCAGCUGGAAGCAAUAGCACGGCUAGACGCCCUCUGCCGCUCCACAUUGGUGGAGGAGCCGGUGCAGCAAGUACAGGACACCAUUGCCCGUCUCGAGGCCCUGAUGCACCGGAUCGAGGCCCUCGAGCGGCGCCCAGCAGCGGCGGAAAUGGAGGCCCUCAGCCAAAGGAUCGAGGCCCUCGAGCGGCGCCCAGCACCGGAGGCACCAAUGGAGGCCAAUGCCGGGCUGGAGGCCCUCAGCCAAAGAAUCGAGGCCCUCGAGCGGCUGAGCGCCUUCACACGCCGAAUUGACGCCCUGGAGCGGCAGUUCCGGAGGCUGGAGCGGGCCAGGGUUUUAGCCAGCAUUAAAACAAAAUCAAGCAAGCUACGGAAGUUUUUCCAGAAAGCAGGUUCAGGACCACCGAUGUUUUGUUUUUCCCUAUCCUGUCAAUUUAUUAUUCUUUUGAAGAUUCUUCGUUGUCAAGCCGCCAAAGUGGAGAGUGCGAUUGCAGAAGGGGGUGCUUCUCGUUUCAGUGCUUCUUCAGGCGGAGGAGGAGGUAGGGGUGCACCUCAGCACUAUCCCAAGACUGCUGGCAACAGCGAGUUCCUGGGGAAAACCCCAGGGCAAAACGCUCAGAAAUGGAUUCCUUCACGAAGCACUAGACGAGAUGACGACUCCGCAAAUGACAAAGAAAGACAUGAUGCAAUCUUCAGGAAAGUGAGAGGCAUAUUAAAUAAGCUUACUCCUGAAAAGUUUGACAAGCUAUGCCUUGAGCUCCUCAAUGUGGGUGUAGAGUCUAAGCUCAUCCUAAAGGGGAUCAUACUGCUGAUCGUAGACAAAGCCCUUGAAGAGCCAAAAUAUAGCUCGCUAUAUGCUCAACUAUGUCUGCGACUGGCAGAAGAUGCACCCAACUUUGAUGGCCCAUCAACAGAGAGUCAUCCAGGACAGAAGCAAAGCACAACAUUCAGACGCCUCUUAAUUUCUAAACUUCAAGAUGAAUUUGAAAACCGCACCAGAAAUGUUGAUAUCUAUGAUAAGCAUGACGGCCCCCUCCUCCCCGAGGAGGAGGAACAGAGAGCCAUUGCUAAGAUCAAGAUGCUGGGAAACAUCAAAUUCAUUGGAGAACUUGGCAAGCUUGAUCUUAUUCAUGAAUCUAUCCUUCAUAAGUGCAUCAAAACACUUUUGGAAAAGAAGAAGAGAGUCCAACUCAAAGAUAUGGGAGAGGAUUUGGAGUGCCUCUGUCAGAUAAUGAGGACAGUAGGACCUAGACUAGAUCAUGCAAAAGCCAAGUCCUUAAUGGAUCAGUACUUUGCCCGUAUGCGCUCCUUGAUGAUGAGUAAGGAAUUGCCGGCAAGGAUUCGUUUCCUGCUGCAGGAUACUGUGGAGUUGAGAGAACACCAUUGGGUUCCUCGUAAAGCUUUUCUUGACAAUGGACCAAAGACUAUCAAUCAAAUCCGUCAAGAUGCAGUGAAAGAUCUAGGAGUUUUUAUUCCGCCUCCUAUGUCUCAAGGGAUGAGAAGUGACUUCUUUCUGGAGGGAACGUUUAUGCCACCCAGGAUGAAACUUGACAGGGACCCACUUGGAGGGCUUGCUGAUAUGUUUGGACAAAUGCCUGGUAGCGGAAUUGGUACUGGUCCAGGAGUUAUUCAAGAUAGAUUUUCACCCACCAUGGGGCGACAUCGGUCAAAUCAACUUUUCAAUGGCCAUGGGGGACACCUCAUGCCUCCUGCUCAAUCCCAGUUUGGAGAACUAGGCAAAUCCUUUUUGAAAAAUCCAGGACAAAGCCAGCUGUACCAUAACCAGAAUCAGGGGCUUCUAUCCCAGCAACAAGGACAGUCCAAGGAUAUGCCACCACGGUUUUCUAAGAAAGGACAGCUUAAUGCAGAUGAGAUUAGCCUGAGGCCUGCUCAAUCUUUCCUAAUAAACAAAAACCAAGUGCCAAAGCUUCAGCCCCAGAUAACUAUGAUUCCUCCCAGUGCACAGCCACCACGUACUCAAACACCACCUUUGGGACAGCCACCUCAGCUUGGUCUCAAGACAAAUCCACCACUUAUCCAGGAGAAACCUGCAAAGACGAUUAAGAAACCACCACCUUCUAAGGAAGAGUUGCUGAAAUUAACUGAAACCGUUGUGACUGAGUACCUAAAUAAUGGAAAUGCCAAUGAUGCUGUCAACAGUGUGAGAGAAAUGAGAGCGCCAAAACACUUUCUUCCUGAGAUGCUAAGCAAAAUAAUACUUCAGUCACUGGAUCGAUCAGAUGAAGAUAAAGAGAAAGCAAGUGCACUGAUCAGUUUGCUUAAACAGGAAGGGAUAGCCACUAGCGACAGCUUCAUGCAGGCAUUCCUAAAUGUACUGGACCAGUGUCCGAAACUGGAGGUGGACAUCCCUCUAGUAAAAUCCUACCUAGCACAGUUUGCAGCCCGUGCCAUAAUUUCAGAACUAGUGAGCAUUUCCGAACUAGCUCUACCAUUGGAAAGUGGCACCCAUUUCCCACUGUUCUUGCUUUGCCUUCAACAACUAGCUAAGCUACAGGACCGUGAAUGGCUAACGGAACUCUUUCAAAUUAGCAAAGUCAAUAUGCAGAAGAUGCUGCCAGAGAUUGACCAGAAUAAGGACCGUAUGCUGGAGAUCUUGGAAGGGAAAGGACUUAGCUUCUUAUUUCCACUUCUAAAACUGGAAAAGGAGCUCUUAAAGCAGAUAAAGUUGGAUCCAUCCCCUCAAGCUAUCUAUAAAUGGAUUAAGGACAAUAUUUCACCAAAACUUCAUGUAGAUAAGGGAUUUGUUAAUAUUUUGAUGACCAGUUUCUUGCAGUAUAUUUCUAGUGAAGUAAACCCACCUAAUGAUGAACCAGAUUCUUCAUCUGCUCCUUCUAAAGAGCAGCUGGAGCAAGAAAAACAGCUGCUUCUUUCAUUUAAGCCAGUAAUGCAGAAGUUCCUUCAUGACCAUGUUGAUCUACAAGUGAGUGCUCUGUAUGCGCUCCAAGUGCACUGCUAUAACAACAACUUCCCAAAAGGCAUGUUACUGCGCUUCUUUGUUCAUUUCUAUGAUAUGGAAAUCAUUGAAGAAGAAGCUUUUCUGGCAUGGAAAGAAGACAUUACUCAAGAGUUUCCAGGGAAAGGCAAAGCUUUGUUCCAGGUAAACCAGUGGCUGACCUGGCUGGAAACUGCUGAGGAGGAAGAAUCUGAAGAAGAAGCUGACUAAACCAGCCAAAGCCUUAAAUUGUGCAAACAUACUGUUGCUAUGAUGUAACUGCAUUUGACCUAACCACUGCGAAAACUCAUUCCGCUGUAAUGUUUUCACAAUAUUUAAAGCAGCAGUAGGUCAGUAGGACUUGCUUCUGCAUAAGGGUUUUUGUAGUAUGUCUUAAUCAUAGUCUACCAUAAAAAUAUUUUAGAGUAUCUUUAAUGUUUAGAUAACAGUGUAUUAGCAGCAUGCAAUAAUUACAUCAUAAGUUCAGAAGCAGUCUGUGUAAGGAUCUUCUUUGAUGCCAGUUACCAUAGGCUGUUUGUUAGAAAACUGAAUAGCAACACUGAAUACUGUAGAAAUGCACUUUGCUCAGUGUAAUACUUGAGUUGUUGCAAUAUUUGAUUAUCCAUUUGGUUGUUACAGAGAAUCCUUAACUGUAAUCGAUGGUGGUUGCCGUAAUAGUAUAUUGCCUGUAUUUCUACCUCUAGUAAUGGGCUUUAUGUGCUAGAUUUUAAUAUCUUUGAGCCUGGGCAAGUGCACAAGUCUUUUAAAAAAACAUGGUUUACUUGCACAAAAAAUGAUCAGUUUGAAGAGGUGGAUAAAUGCCCUUGGAAGUGGUCUUUGUGGGUGUGAAACAAAAUGGUGAGAAACUGAAUUGGUCCCCUAUUAUAGUAUUGAAAUUAAGUCUACUUAAUUUAUCAAAACAUGUUCAUGCCCUGAUUUUAUAUACUUGUAUCUAUCAAUAAACAUUGUGAUACUUGA